AUGGAGAAAAUUAUUCCUACCUGUAAAGACAAUGGAGAGGUACUUGAUUAUUUGAAAAAACUCCUAAAACCUGGAACAACGCAAACAAAAGCAAGGAAACGUAAGAAUAAUGAAUUAUCAUGGGGAAAUAAUAGUCCCGUCACUCAUUCAUCAACUCCGUGGGCAAAGAUGAUACUCAAAUCUCUUUCACUACGUGAAAUUCAAGAAAUGGAACCGCUGAACGAAAACUGCUGCGUCCACGGUUACUACUCAUUCCACCGUAUGAUUUCAAAGGAAGAAUCAACACCCUCAAAUUCUUCUUACGGAAUCAUUGGCCCAAAUUUAGUUCGUCUUCUCCUUUCUACUUCUCCUGUAGUUAGUACACUAGCAUUUUUACUUCGAUCUAAUUAUAGAGCUGGAACAAAUAGUUAUGAGAAACGCUAUGCAGAUGCAAAGCCCGAAUCUAUUUCUAUGAAUACUGUUGUUGGUAGAAAGUCAAGCAAUCGUGCUCAAUCUAAUAACGCUACUAUAAAUGUGGUAUCAAAGCCUGCAAAAAGAUUCGACCGUAGUAGCUUGGGAUAUGUUUACUAUGCUCAAUAUAAUCUUGGUCGUUUAUACGAAAAGGGUGAAGGAACAAUAAAGGAUUUGACUAGAGAAACAGGAACAACUCGUAGUUUAAGAUUGGCCUUUAAAUGGUAUCGUGAAGCGGUCGAUAUCGCUUCACAGAUUAAA